UAGUGUAGUUGUGAGAACUUUAAGUAAGAUGCACGUUAUUAGAUUUUUCUUUUAUUGUGUAUUAUGGGAUUGUAUUUUAGUUAUUCAUUCCUAUCAGGUUUACAGACUUCCAAAAAGAAAUCAUAUCACAAGAUUAUCAGGAUUAGAGUUUUUACCUCCAUACUACAGCAAUUAUGGUAUCGGUCAAAACAAAGAUGUUGCUUUGAGAUGUAAAGUGAGGACUCGCUCUGAACAAUCACCGACAUUUAUGUGGGAAAAGAUGUCCAAUACAAAUACUGAAAACUUCACCUUAAUCAGUGAAGGCGCAAAAUAUCUGAUACGACAAAAAGAAUGGACACGUGAUCGCUAUAACCGAGGUCGCUAUAUUAGUAAACUUGUCAUCAAACAAACAAAGACUACAGACUCUGGACUUUACAGGUGCCGCGUGACAGUUACUGAAGAUGUCAGGCUGCAACGGCUGUUCGAAGUCCACGUGAAUGCAUCCAGUGUAACUCCUGUACGCCUAGUUACAUCCACAACAAAUGGAGGAGGAAUGAUUGAAGUUUUUCACAAACAUAAAUGGGGAGCUAUCUGCGUCAGUGGAUUUACAACUAUAGAAGCUGCAGUUUUAUGUCGGUCUCUUGGAUAUCCUCAUGGAGGGGAACCACAAAAUUCAUAUGAAAAUAAGCCAAUUUUCCGUAGACCACAUCAGUAUGGGAAUCCAUUUUGGAUGGAAAAUGCGCAUUGUUCUUUGAACGCGACCGAUCAGUCAAUGUUCCGGAUGGGGAGACAACAUUGAGUGUAAAGUAUGGCUUGAUUCCUACGUUGGAGUCACGUGUAGACAGGAACCAUUGCAGGUUCCUGUCAACCUUAUCCGAUUACCACAAAAUUUACUGGAAGGAACUGUUGAAGUAUUUUACAACGGACAGAUAGGUACAAUUUGUUAUCAUGGGGUCGGACAUAGAGAAGUCAAUGUUCUUUGUAAAAUGCUUGGACAUAACUUUGGUGGCGUUAAAUUCAAUCCAGAUUUCAAACAUUUAUUCUUGAGAGAGCUUAUACAAAAUCUGAAAUGUCCUGAAAAUGCUACACAUCUCGAACAGUGUUCACACGAGGCGUGGGGAGAGCAAUGUACAUCCUGUCAGUGUGAUGGGUUUUAUUCAGUGUUAGCAGUCAGAUGUUGGACAAAAGCAGAAAUAGAGAACUCACAUGCAAGUGUACGACUAGCAGCUUCUAAUGUUGAGCAUGAAGGACGGAUUGAGGUAAAACACAACAACACAUGGGGCACUGUGUCACCAAAAAGUUUCGGAUAUGAAGAGGCGGAUGUAAUGUGCAGGAUGCUGGGAUAUAGAUAUGGUGGAACUCCAAAGUUGGACAAAUUUCCACCGGGACAAGGUCCAAUCUGGAUUGAUGAGAUUCAUUGUCCUUUUAAGGCAUAUAAUAUGAGCGACUGUACAUUCACAUGGGGUCCUUACGGUAAUUUUGAUCACAAAGAUUAUGCUGGUGUAAAAUGCAGAACAGAACCAGAACCAGACCCAGAAACAAAGUUUAGAUUAAUAGGACCCAAGAGUGCAGAAGGGGAAGGUAGAUUGGAGUACUUUAAAUAUGGACAUUGGGGAACAGUAUGCAAGGCUUACAUGGGGACAUCCGAAGCUUCGGCAUUCUGUCAUCUGCUUGGAUAUAGGAAUGGUGGUUAUAUCUUACAAAAUCAAGAUACUAGGAAUGCAUACAAGUUUUAUGGACCACCUUUGAUGGAAUAUUUGGACUGUCCUUGGAACACAACUGAUAUUGAAACAUGCCAGACGCGGAACUCGGCGUAUAAAGAUUUCCGAGAAACAUGUGAUGCACAUACCAAUGAUGCAGCGCUAAAAUGUAGAACUGAUAAGUUCCCUGAAUAUGAAGUCAAAUUGAUCGGUAGAAGUUUAAAUGAAGGUCAACUUCGUAUCGAGUAUAACAAUUCAUGGUACAGUGUAUGUAGUUUGUUGGGCAAUUGGCAAGGGGUUAGACCUACAACCGCUGCAGUUGUAUGCAGACAACUUGGAUACACGAAUGGCGGUGAAUACAGAUUCAUAAACAUUGAUCAACCAGACUUGUGGAUAGGUCUUGAUUGUAAUGGAAAAGAAAUGAAUGUUGGACAAUGUAAUUACUUAAUGACACAUACUUACUGUGGUCCAAGAGGUUACUUAAAUGCUGUGUAUAUAAAAUGUUACGAGAUAGAUGAUGCGGAUCGUCAGAUGUCAACGCAUAUUGAAGAUGAUGGAAGAGCCCUUAUUCAUCGAAAAGGGAUCUCAUGGGAAAUUUGCUCCAACACAUGGGGGAAAUAGAAGCGGAUGCAUUUUGUCGAAUGUUAGUGAAUAGUGCUGGAGUUGAAACUUAUCUACCGUAUGGACGAUUCCCACCUAGAUCAGGAGUAUAUAAUGUGAUUUCCAAUAUGUUUUGUCCCCGAGGAACGCAUCAUCUGGGAGACUGUUUCUAUGGUCCUAAUCCAUGGGAGCCUAGUAUAUGCAAAGCCACUGGUGAAUACCGUGCUCAGCGUAUUGUUGUGGGUGGUGUUUCAUGCUCAUGAUAACAUUAAAACGGACAUCUCAUUCUCUUUGAUCAUUAUUAAUUCAAUGCAUGUGAACUGUUUUGGCACAAUGUCGAAAUAAUUUGCAUAUUAAAUAACUUCAUAUUUACAUUGUUCUUUAUUCAAAAAUGAUGAAAAAUAAACAUCAAGGAGGAAACACCAGCUUCUUAAAUUAUUUAACUGUGAUAAAACUAAGGAUGAAAUUCAACUACCAAAAUAAAAGUUUACCCGAGA